UUCGACUCCGCAUGAAUACAGGCCCCAGACUGAAAACUGUGUUUAAAAGGAUCAUGUUAUGCAACAUCAAGAUGUCAUUUCCAAGUCUGCCUUGUAACCUGUAACACCAACAAUUUCUGUAUCACUCAUUUUUCACAACACUUUAUCACAGUUGACUUAUCCUUCUCUUGUGCCAAGGUUUUUUGUGUGAAAAAUCCAGUACUUCUUUGAAUUUCUGUUUAAAUUUGCACUUUUCAACUUGAAAAAAGUGGCUAAUUUAUUUGCACCCCACAAUAAUUCAGAGCUUCAUUAAUUACCCAUUCAGCCAGUGGCUAGAGUCAGUAUUGCUGUUAACAUUACAGCACAUAGCUGGGAGAAUCUAUUUUUAUUCAUUUUGACAUUUUCUUUCUUUUGACUCCUUCUUCCUUUGACAUGGGGAAUUCCCUGUUUGAUUUCACAGUACCAAACACUGUGAUGAACGUUAUGAACUGUUAUGAACAGAAUUAAAAGUAAAUUUGAUUGGACCUACGAGGUGUCAAUUUCAUUUGGGGUCAGACCUACGAGGCAUUGGGCUGAUUCCUGGACUUCAUACAUGUAGCUGAAUUGAAUUUUUGGUAGAGGUUGCAACAUGGAUGAUACUGACUUGUCCAGGCAGUAUCCGUCAACCAGCAAGAAAAAGAAGCAAAAUGAAGAGGUUCCAGAAAUGGUUGGGUUGAUGGAGGAACGUACCCAGGCAGUCAGGAGACCAGACAACCAGGACCAGACGACCGGGAUGUUCGAUGAUAAAAGCCUGUACAGCAUAGCCCGUGAUAUUCAUGCAUGUGAAUGGAAGGAACUGGCAAUAAGGCUUGGCUUCACCCAACCAGAAGUCUCACACAUCGAGGCAGACUAUCGCCACAGUGUUGUGGAACAAAUCUGCAACAUGCUGGUCUCGUGGAGUCAAAAAAGGCCUGGUGAUGAUGUCAGCCAUCUCCAUAAAGCACUGGAGGAAGUUCGACAAGGACAAGGUGGUGCACGUACAUCGCUCCAGCCUGGUCAACCAUCAGUUGACAUGUCAGAGAAUCAACCCAGUACAUCACAGCAACCAACCACACAGGGUGCUGUCUCAAACCCACUGACACCAGAAUGCUCUACGUCUGAUGUCCAAUCCCAAGCUGCUGCUGCUAAAUGUAAAGAUGCACUGAAGUUACACUACAGAACCACAGGUAGCUAUCUACAUCAGAACCCAUAUGAAGUGGACAAAAAACGCAUCCCGGACAUCUAUACCAGGUUACAGUUAGCAAAUGCUAAGGGAGACCUUGAGGAUCCGGAGCUGACUUUCAAGGAAAGUGAUUUUGAACAGAGUGUGCUUGACAUAGCUCUAAAA